AUGCCACGUGUACCUUUCGCUGCCUCCGCCUCUAAGUACUUCAAGGAAAUGGAUUAUGGCUUCGCUUUGCAAAUAUCAUCAGAGAUUCCACAGGGGGAGGUUUCAGCUUCCGGAAAGGCUGCUAUCCGUCGUUUUAUGGACGGAACUUUCUCAAAUAUCUCGUCUGGAGUUUCAAUGGGUGCCAAAUCAAUCAAGGAAGACGACCUGAGUCCUCGUCGAUACCAGUAA